CACAUGACGUAAUCAGAAGCGCGAGAUGGACAGCAGUUGAUAUCUAUUUGUAUUCGUAUCCUCAACCAAUGUUCGUUUUAUUUUAAUUCGUCGCUUUUACAGUCCGUGUUUAGUUUGAGAGACAUGUUUGUGUGUCGAGGAGCGAGGCUGUCGGCGAAGGCUUUGGAGCAGGGUUUCAACUCCACGACAGGGGCAGCGGCGCAACUUAAAACAAACAGACUGACGUUAGUUGACAUUACCUGCACAUCGCCAUUACGUAACAUCCAUACAUUCAAAUGCUCCCGAGCUUUUUGUGGAUGUAUCGGUGGUGGUGGUCGGGAAAAGGAUGAUUCUGCACUUUCGCCUGAUGGAAAGCGAGAUAAAAGGGAGAAGGACAUGUUUUCCGUCAAGAACCGGGACUCUGUUCGUUUCAUAAUCACGCAUCAGCAACAAUUAACUCGAGUAAAUUCGUUUUCUUUAAAUCUCUCCAACAAAAGUAAUGGUAAAAGCUUAUUCAGCCGUACACAUAACGUCACUAGCUCAACGCUUUAUCGGACGAAUGGAGGCCAAAGCUGGCAGAAGAAACUAUACAUAGAUGCACUUGAAUCUGUGUUUACGUCUGGCGCCAAUGUCUGCAAUCAUCGACUAUAUCCCACAUUGACUGUGCAAAUGAGACCUUUUUCCUCGGAUGCUGUUGCUCCCAAUCGGGUGGAGAUCGCAGAUCACAAAGUGGACCAGACUCCAAAGCAGGCCUCAGUCAAAGGCCCUGAGGAGCCCGAGGUACCGGAGCCUGAGGACAAACCUAGCAAGACCCAGCAGCUGAAGAAGAUAUUUAAGGAGUACGGAGCUGUAGGAGUCUCCUUCCACAUAUGUAUGUCCCUCAUGUCUCUGGGCAUGUUCUACCUCGCUGUGUCCAGUGGGAUCGACAUGGCUGCUAUCCUGUACAAGAUAGGAUUCAGUGAAUCUCUGGUUCAGUCCAAGUUGGCGGCGGGUACCAGUACGUUUGUCCUGGCGUACGCCAUCCACAAGCUGUUUGCUCCGCUCCGUAUCAGCAUCACUGUGAUAUCAGUGCCUCUUCUUGUACGGUACCUCAGAAAGAGUGGCCUCUUCAAGACACCCAACUCACCUACACACUGAGUGGCUGAGACCCCAACGUCCACUAACUUGGAUAACUGAGACUUUCCAAAUAUGACCAUUACCAUUUCUGGAAUCGGGAAGGAAUAAGCGUGAGAAAUUCUUCCAACCAUCCCUAAUUUUUCAACUGGAAUUUCUGCAGGAGAAAAAACAGAACCAACCGAGGCUGACUUUUAACCCACCUGUAGAUCAGUGGCGGUCUGUGCCAUUUAAGAUGAGGUAGGGUGAUUUUUAAAAUGUAUUUCUUAUGAGCAUGCCCUUGUUUAUAUUACGGUAUAUUGGAUGACUCAUUCAUAUUCCAUUCACGCAGCUCAAUGUAACAUUGAUAGGUUUAGGCUACUACAAGAUACUCAAAAUGUCCCUGUACCCAUCAUGAGAUUGCUACAACCUAUCUUAUGAAAAGUUUACAUUGUGAACUUUCAUCAAGAUAAUUUUUAGUAAUCAAGGUGAGACUGUAACACAUUCAAUACCGCCGUGAACUCUCGUGCCUGCAUCUAGCUGAUCUAGGGUGUAAUCAUUCGUCCAACAGUUGCAAACGAGAGUUCCUAUUGGACAAAUUCAGGUAUGUUUAUCCCGAUUCCAUUUAAGAAAUGUUUUUCAACAGAAUCGGUGGAAUGAAUACACCCCUGA